AUGGAUUACCAUACAUUUUACGUGACGUUCAGCGGUCGAGUCAUUCCAAAGAUGCUGUUGCUCCUCGCACUAUUCGUCCACGUGAACGCGUUUGUAAGGCAAAAUAGGUACGAUGUUAUUCAUGAACGUAUGGAAGCCGAAUAUUACGAUCCUACUCUCUCGAACCUUUCCUGCAUCAACUACAAAUAUAACCGAACAACGCGUGCGUUUAUCUUGGCUGUAACGUUUAAGAAUGAUUUAACUGAAAGAGAUACCUUUUUGAUAAUGGGAUACAAAUGGCUGAGUAACCGAUAUCGCCUGGACAUUUUGCAAUUCAAUCUAACAGUCAAAAAUGCUUUUCGCUUCCGCUACUUUGAUUUAGAUCGGCUGAUGCACUCCUGUACGACACCUCCUGCCGAAUUGCCUCUCAUUAAAGGGGUGACAUAUACAAUAAGGGAUUGGGUACCUGACAGUACUAAGUUUCCUCCGGGAAUUCCAGAAGGAAGGUGGAAAAUAGCGGCGCGACUAGUUACGGCUUCCGGGAAACAUAUCCUAUCUAUCAACUGGUAUGGAGCCGUGAAAUACAAGCUUAGAAUGGAAUCCAAGUAA